CAGCCCCCCCCUCUCUGAACAGCUGACAGCAGCCUAAGAAGGCCAGCUGAUCUAUUUAUAGCAGAGUCCCUGUGAGUCCAGGACCUGAUCCGUCUCAGUUCUGCAGCUGCACCCCGUCUCACCACCACCAUGCCCGGCAGCCAGGCCCGGUCCCGGGCCAGAGACCGGAACAAUGUCCUGAACCGGCCCGAGUUCAUGUCCCUGAACCAGCCCCCCCGCUGGGAGCAGGGGGCAGGUGAAGGGCGGGGGGGGGGCCCGAGGAGAGCCAGCAGACAGCAGAGUCAGCAGGAGGACACGGGAGGGAG